AUGCCUCUCUGGUAUUGCGACAUCGAAAACUGCACGAAACCGGGUGUGCGACAUGAAGGAGAUUGCGUGCUCUGCAACCGCCACCUUUGCGCGCAGCAUCUCGGGCCGGGCUCCCAUGGCUGCCCGUCUUGGAAAGAUCAUGACCACUUUUACCCGGCCUACUCCGCAGCCGAGGGACACGAACUGUCGACACUCUUCAGCAAGAUCAACGUAGAUGCUCUCGAGGCACGCGCGUCGCUGUUGAGACAAGGGAUCAAGUGCUCCGUGGCACCCUUUCAGCAUGAUUCAGCGAAACGAAGAUCUCACAUGGGUGGCAUGAAUUAUCAUGUAGAGAUUCUCUUUGCAGACAAUGUAGUCUGGAUUGCUCGCAUACGUCGCUUCAAUGCGACGUCGACCCCACGUGAUGUGCGUGAUUACAUCUUGACGAGCGAGGUAGCGACUCUCAUGUUUCUGGAAAAGACAGCCGUGCCAACACCAAAGGUGUAUGGCUAUGCACUGGAGCACGACAGCAACGCAGUCGGCGUCGGUUACAUUCUCUUGGAAAAGCUUCCGGGGAAAGCGUUGGACUGGCCUGCCACAAACCCAGACCGGAGGCGCAAAGUCAUGAAUCAGCUUGCGGAUGUGCUCAUUGAGAUUCACAAGCAUCCGCUGCCGGUUUUGGGGUCUCUCGAUACUCCUGGAAGCUCACACGUCGGUGCUUUCGCUCACGAGUCGCUGCUAAACAUGGUUGACGGCCAAUUACAAACCUGCAGUCCUUUUCGCUCUGCCAACCAGUACCGCAAGUCUCUUCUGCAGCUGAUACUAGACAGGAUCUCAGCGGAAGAAAUGUACGCCGCGCGAUCUGUGGAAGCCUAUUUGCUGCAUCGAUUCCUGAUCGACUUGGUACCCGUGUUGACGCCGGCGGCGUCUGACGACGACAGAUUCUAUCUCAAGCACGACGAUGACAAAGGGGAUCACAUUCUGGUGGACGAGAGUUUCAAUAUCACGGGUGUUAUUGAUUGGGAGUGGGCGCACACAGCCGGGCCGGCAGAGGCCUUCAACUCCCCGGUUGGGCUGCUUCCCGUGGCAGAUUUUUAUGCCGGCGAGGUAUCCAUCGGCGCAGACGAGGCCAUCUUCGCGCAGCUUCUAGAAGAAAAGGGACAUGGGGCGCUGGCGCAGUUUGUCCUGAGCGGUCGCGUGCAACACUUAUUUGCGUUUUGCUGCGGCUUCGACCUCAGUGACUGGGACGGGUUUCUGGGCCUAUUUCGGGGUCUGCGGGAUGCGUGCGGCGUCGAUGCGGGAAUGUCAUGGGAGGACUGGAAAGAAACAGCACUAAACAGAUACAAAGACGAUGCCGGACUGCAGGAAUUGCUCACUCGGUGGGCCAAGCUUAGCACGUUUUCUGCAGCGUACGCGAAGGUUUGGCGGGAUUGA